CCGGCGACAUGGCGGGGCGGCGCCCCCGGGGCCGGCCCCCGGGGUCGAAGAACAAGCCGAAGCCCCCGGUAAUCAUCACCCGAGAGAGCGCCAACACCCUCCGGGCCCACAUCCUCGAGAUCGCCAGCGGCUGCGACGUCUUCGACGCCGUAGCCACCUACGCGCGGCGGCGCCAGCGCGGCGUCUGCAUCCUCAGCUGCACCGGCACCGUCACCAACGUCAGCCUCCGCCAGGCCGGCGGCGGCGGCGUCGUCACGCUCCACGGCCGCUUCGAGAUCCUGUCCCUCUCCGGCUCCUUCCUCCCGCCGCCGGCGCCGCCGGGGGCCACCAGCCUGAGCGUCUACCUCGCCGGCGUGCAGGGCCAGGUGGUUGGUGGGAAUGUCGUUGGAGCGUUGAUUGCUGCCGGCCCGGUCACAAUCAUCGCCUCCUCCUUCACCAACGUCGCGUAUGAGCGGCUGCCGUUGGAGGAGGAGGACGGGAUCCAGAUGCAGCCUCUGCCUCCGCCUCAGCAGCUUAACAUCGGGGGCGGAGUUGGAGGUCAGUUUCCGGAUCCGGGUCCGGGGCAGCCAUUCUUGAAUUUGCCGCUGAAUAUGGUCAACGGUCAACUCCCAAUGGACGGAGGUGGAGGCGGUGCAUGGGCCGGAAACGUUGCCGGGGGAGGCCGGCAGCAGUUCUAGUGGUCAUAAAAAAUUAAGUGCCUCGUCAUGGUGUAUGAUCAGAGCAUAUCUAAGGAAACUGCAAUUUCAUAAUGCAAAUAUCUACUGAAUUAUUUUCCGUAAAAACUCACACAACCUUUUGUAAUCACCACACUUUUAUUCUUCCUCUCCAUCUUGAGUAGAGAGGUCUUGCAUGAGACAUAGACAUUGAUGGAAGAGAGACAACUGCGAAAUGAAAAAACGAGUUCUAUUUACUGAAUCCGUCUUUGCUAGUUCAUCCCAUGCUUUCACCCAAAUAAGUUUGCUCCAUUUUAUUGUUAGAAACA